GGUCGUCGUGCCCGGGGUCCGGGUCCGGCCGUUAGGGGUGGGCCCUAACAGAGGUCCGCCCUCCUGGGCCUUAGCCUCGGAGAGGGAAGAGGCCAUGGAGCCCGCCUCCCUUUAUUUCACAGGUGCCGAAAAUGAGGCCCAGCAAGGUUGUUCCUACCACCCUGAGGCCAUGGAUGCAAGAUUCACAAGGGGGAAGUCAGCCAUCCUGGAGCGGUCCCUAGUGAGGCCCAAGACGGAGGUGAGCCUGAGUGCCUUCUCCCUGCUGUUCUCAGAGCUGGUUCAGUAUUGCCAGAACCGCGUAUACUCGGUGGCAGAGCUGCAGGCACGGCUGGCAGAGCUGGGUCAGCAGGUGGGCGCGCGAGUGCUGGACGGUCUGGCCACUCGGGAGAAGGGCGGCCGACGGGAGACCCGGGUCCUGGGCGCGCUGCUCUUCGUCAAGGGGGCAGUGUGGCGGGCCCUCUUUGGCAAGGAGGCAGACAAGUUGGAACAAGCCAAUGAUGACGACAAGACCUACUACAUCAUCGAGCGCGAACCACUCAUCAACACCUACAUCUCCGUGCCCAAAGAGAACAGCACGCUCAACUGUGCCAGCUUCACAGCAGGUGUAGUGGAAGCUGUGCUCACCCACAGUGGCUUUCCUGCCAAGGUCACUGCCCACUGGCACAAGGGGACCACCCUCAUGAUCAAGUUCGAUGAGGCUGUCAUUGCCCGGGACCGGGCGCUGGAUGGUCGCUGAGGACGGACUAGAGAAUGUGAGGGCCAGGCCCUUCUUUGUACGUUUGAGCCAUCAUCCUUUGUACUCCUGGAUUGUUUGCAUUGCCAGAUGAACAACCUCCCUAGUCUCCCCAUCCCCUCACGAUGAACCCUUAUCCCUUCUGGCUCUUGACUUUGCGUUCAGUCACUAGUCCUUGUCUGUAGUGUCUGGUGUCAGGGAGUGUAUUCCCUGGUGUGCUCAGGGACAAGGGGCUCAGGUUCCUCUAGGCUUGAUCAGGCUAAUCUCCCCAGUCUGGGUUUGGCCUUUUUUUAUUUUUUUCUGUGUCAUCUCCUGGAUGGUAUGGGGAUGAGUGGGAGUGGGAAGAAGGGAGGGUCCACUUUCUAUCACCCUGGGCUUUCUUAAUCCUUAACUCUUCUCUGCCUGUUUCCUUGGGGAACUCACUGUAGGGGCUUCUGUACAUUGUCAGUUGAGGGGGAAAUCAAGUCAAUGAGACUAGCCAAGGAGGAGAAGUGAUUUCCCUUGAAGAAAUUAGGCAGUCAUCUUGCCUAGACCCUCAUCUCUACUUUAGAAGCAUCUGCUAGGGGACAACUGCUAGAGGACCCCAUGGCUCCAUAUCUGAUUUCUGGGGGGUGGGGUGGGAUCCCACAUAGUUCUUUCCAAUGACACAUUGGCUGGGGACCAGAAACUGAGCUGUCCCGGUGGUUUCUACUCCUGUUUGAGUAGGGACAGUGCCUUCAAUCAGUCCCAAACCUGACCUUUUAGUAGCUAUUGUGCAAUUCGAGGCAGAAAGUUUGGAUUUCCAUCCCAGUUCUAGAGAAGAAUUAUGGUCAGCUGUAUAAUCCCUGUCUUGCCCCAGGAUUCCUCUCUUCUUUCUUGGUUCCUGUCCCUUUCCCCCUCACCCAUCUGAGUCUUGGGUGAUAGUUCAAUCCUCAUAAUUUCUUUUGGGGCUCUGAGGACAGUGAAUUGCUGCUAGAAACAGUGUGAUAUUCAUUAAAGCUAAGUGUUCCUGGAGAUAAUCUGUUGUCCUUUUCUUUCUUUGGUCACCUCAUACAUAAUGGAGCUUAACAUGUCUUCUGUGGCUCCUAUCUUUUCUUGCCCUUCUCUGGGUUCUUGAGUCUGAGAGCUCAGGGAUAGAGUCUAAGCCCAGAUUCCUGGUGGUCAUGGGUCCUGUGGAUGGGCAUUCUAUGUUUGAAUCUUCCCUCUGCCAUUUUCUCUUUGUGAAUUUGGACAUGUCCCUUUUUUCUCUGGACCUCAGUUUAUUCAUUAAAAUGAAAGAAAUGAACUAGAUGAUUUCUGAGGUCCUAUCUGACUUUAAGUCCUGUGACUCAUUAUCAUUCUGUUGAUGCUUAAUUUUCCAAGCUAUGUUUAAUGAAAAGGACAGGUCUGGAUUAAAGGCUUAUGUUGUCACUUGAAAAACUCAGAAUUGGAAGGGACUUGAAAUACUAUCUAGACUUCAAUAGGAUACCAAUAAUACCAAUAAAUAGAUACCAAGAUACCAGUAAACCCCAAAACUAGUUUCUCAAGGAACCCUCCCCACCCAGCAAUAGACGUCUUCCAUGUAACAGAGAAAUUUAAGUAAUCAAAACAAACCAACACAUUGGCUGUAUCUGACAAUUCAUGGUUCAUUCUGUCCCGAUAGUUCAUCACAAGAGAGGGAUAUUUCACUAUUAGUCCUUUGGAGUUUAAAUUUCCUGGUUUAUCAAGGUGAUUCAAUUCAGUUCAGUUAAAUAAGCAUUAAACAUUUAUUAUUAUUAUUAUUAUUUUUGUGCCAGACACUGAUAAAAGUGGCAGAAAGACAGGCAAGGAAUAAUCUUUGCCCUCAAGGAGCUUACAGUCAUCUUGGGGAUAGAGUGGGGAGGGAUGGAAUGGAAGAAACAUAUACUGACAAUUAAAUACAAAAUAUAUGCGAAAAUACAAGGCAACUUUUUUGAGUGGGGAGCACCUAAACAACUGGGUAAAUCUGGAAAGACCUCUUAAAGGUGGUAUGCUGGAGCAGAGCCUUAAAGGAUCUAACAAUUUUAAGAGGUGGAGGUAUGGAGAAAGUGGUCUAGAUUCCAGCUUCUUAAACUGAUUCACAGCUUCUUAAACUAGUAGUUAUGAAAUUAUGAUUGUCAGUAAAUGAUUUGUAUACUUCCAUUAUAUAACUUUACAACUGGAGUAAUAAAAAUUUCUUA